CGAGCCCCCCGCGCCCUACCUCAGGUUUGUGCUCGCUCGCGCUCACUGACCCGACGACGCGGGAGCCGCGCGAGCCGGACCAAGCUCGCUGCGCUCCUGGCCACCGAGCGGCGGCCCCCUGAGCGGCGGCCCCCUGAGGCGGCGCUCUUGGUUCCCCGCCCGAGGACGGUCGGGUCCACCUUAUCUACGGCUCCAGACCGGCCGCAGUGGGAAAAUGAAGAACGAAAUUGCUGCUGUGGUCUUCUUUUUCACAAGGCUAGUUCGAAAACAUGAUAAGUUGAAGAAAGAGGCAGUUGAGAGAUUUGCUGAGAAGUUGACUCUGAUACUUCAAGAAAAAUAUAAAAAUCACUGGUAUCCUGAAAAACCUUCAAAGGGACAGGCCUACAGAUGCAUUCGUGUUAAUAAGUUUCAGAGAGUUGAUCCGGACGUCUUGAAAGCCUGUGAGAACAGCUGCAUCUUGUACAGUGACCUGGGUUUGCCAAAGGAACUCACUUUGUGGGUGGACCCAUGUGAGGUGUGCUGUCGGUAUGGAGAAAAAAACAAUGCUUUCAUUGUUGCCAGCUUUGAAAAUGAGGAUGAGAACAAGGAUGAGAUCUCUAAGAAAGUUACCAGAGCCCUUGAUAAAGUUACCUCUGAUUAUCAUUCAGGAUCCUCUUCUUCAGAUGAAGAAACAACGAGUAAGGAAGUGGAAGUGAAAUCCAGUUCAGUGACUGCAACCCCAGGCCCCAUGUACCAGGACUUCCGCCAAGAUGGAGGCGUAGGUGGAAACACCUUGCAUCCGUGCACAACCAAAGCUAAAAACAACAAAGUUUUAACAACAGUAAACGCAACCAAACCGCACAGAAAACCGACAGUACGAAGUCCGAAAACAACGAAAUGCUCAGCUAAACCGAUAUCAGAACUGAUAUUCCCACCUCUUCCAAUAUGGCACCCUUUGCCCAGAAGAAAGCCAGGAAUGUACAGAGGGAAUGGCCAUCAGAAUCACUACCCUCCUCCUGUUCCAUUUGGUUAUCCAAAUCAGGGAAGGAAGAAUAAUAAACCAUACCGACCGAUUCCAGUAACAUGGGUGCCUCCUCCUGGAAUGCACUGUGACCGGAAUCAGUGGAUUAAUCCCCACAUGUUAGCACCUCAUUAGCUGCUUUUGAUUCUAUUGGUGUUGAGAGAAGGUAGAAUAAGCCUGACUACAUACUAAAAGUUAAAAGUUCAUAUUCAUAGUAGUAAAGUUAGAUGGGUUAAACCAUCAAACUUAUUUUUAUAGAGAAGUUAUUGAGAAUAAUCUUUCUUAAAAAAUAUAUGCACUUUAGAUAUAUUGAUAUAGUUUGAGAAAAUUUAUUCAAGUUAGUCAAGUGCCUGAGUUUUUAAUAUUGGACUUGCGUAUUUAUAUGUUGUGCAUCAACUCUGUUGCAUACAAGAACACUGUAGGAGUGGAGGAUCUGUUUCAGCACCUUUGAGCAUUUACUUUGUGGAGAGUAUGUAAGUUAUUUAUACACAAGAAAAUAUAUUUUAUGUUACUGUUUAGAAGAAUUGUGUGAAAUCAUGUAGUUGCAAAUAAAAAGUAGUUUGAGGCAUGACAAUGUGUGCUUCUGUUC